AUGUCGACUGCUAUUGUUGUUGGAGCUACAGGCAUUCUGGGUCGAGAAAUUGUUCAUCAGCUUGGCCAGAACCCGCAGAAAUGGAGCAAAGUCUACUCCCUCUCGCGUUCUCAGAAAGAAGAGUUCCCUUCCAAUGUCGAGCACAGACACAUCGACCUCACCGGGAACGCCGAGGAGGUAGCUAAGAAAUUGCAGGGUAUCUCGGCUGAAUAUGUCUUCUUUGCCGCUUACCUCGAAAAGGCUGAUGAACAGGAGAGUUGGAAUGUUAAUGGCGAUAUGCUACAGGCUUUUGUAAAUGCCCUCGUGAAGAGCGGUAUUGACAAAAACCUCAAGAGAUUCCUGCUUGUUACGGGAGCGAAGCAAUAUGGUGUCCAUCUAGGACCCGUCAAGAAUCCCAUGCUCGAGUCUGAUCCCUGGCAAACUGACCAGUCAACCUUUCCGCCCAACUUCUACUACCGUCAGCAGGAUAUCCUGAAGAAAUUCUGCGACAAGUCCAACGGUCGCGUCAGCUGGAAUGUCACUUAUCCCAAUGAUGUCAUUGGCUAUGCACGAGGAAACUUCAUGAACCUGGCUACGGCGGUUGGCAUUUACGCAGCAAUCAGCAAAGAGCUUGGUCAAGAUCUCAUCUUCCCUGGUUCAGAGAGGUUCUAUACUGGUUUCGACAGUUUCACAAGCGCUGACCUUCAUGCAAAGUUCUGUGAGUGGGCUGUGCUUGAACCUUCGGCUGCUAACGAAGCUUUUAACGUCGUCAAUGGUGAUGUUGAGAGCUGGCAGAACCUGUGGCCCAAAGUCGCAGAACGAUUUGGAACCAAGGCCGAUGCCUCGCAAUUCCAGAAGUCUCACCCUUUGAGUUCGUCCACGGAUUUGAACCCCGUUCCUCCACUUAGCUUGCAUGAGGAGACUUCCGGUCUCAAGGGUGUGACCAAACCAGGCAAGAUGGAGCAGACGAUCGAUUUGACUAAAUGGAGCCAGCAGGAGGAGGUAAAGGAAGCUUGGAAAAAGCUCGCUAAGCGAGAGGGCUUGGACGAAAAGGCUUUGGAGGGGGCUACGUGGGGAUUCCUCGGUUUUGUGCUGGGCAGGAACUUUGAUCUGGUGAUUAGUAUGAGUAAAGCCCGAAAGCUUGGCUGGGAUGGAUAUGAAGAUAGCUGGGAGGCCCUGAGCAAGGUUUUUGAUACACUAAAGGAUGCCAAAGUUCUUCCAUAA